CCGAGCCGAACGUUCAGCGGGACGGGAAUGUGAAGCGCGCGCGUGAUCUACUCGGUAAAACCGUCAAGACCUUCCCCCAUGUUUUUUGUCAGAUUUCUAGGUGUGUACGAAUCGAUUAGUAUUCUGAGCGAUUGACAUUUUUCUCUGAUUUCUGAUUGGAUAGGAGUGGGAAGAUUCACUUAUUGGAAUGUUUCUGACUGGCGUGAAGCUAAGAAUUUUGUGUUGAUCUGUACUCGGCGAUAGUGUUCAAUAGCUGACGAGGGACGAUCCCGAGAGUGGAUUGAACUAACCGCGUGAGAUACCGUACGGUCCGAGAGCCCAGCAACACACGAGAUAAUCGUGGGAAAGAUUUAUGCCGUAUAGUGAUUGAACCUAGCGGAUCUUCGCCGGUUUGCCGCGCCAUUACUAUAGAUCCUAUUGAAAACAGCGAAAUUCAUUGUUCUCGGUAGCUUGGUUGGAAAACAAUAAGUCGCUUCCAUCGUGUUUCAUGAGUUCGACAGUGCAACAUAGGAAUGAAAUAUAUUCGAGCUGAUAAAAGUGAUAGUUGAUAGUAGUGAAUUCGCUGACAUGAAACAGUGAAACGACCACGAGCAGUAGCAGUAGCAGUAGUAGCAAAAGCCGAGAAGGAAAAAAAAACAACACACCCUGGAGAGUGGAAAUUGUGUGCCACAAGUGUGAUGCGAUGCGUGAAAUUUAGGUAUUUUUUCAACCAUCCAACCGACCGAAUAAGCCAGGCAGUCAACUAGCAGCAGUAGUAGCGAAUUUUCCAGCGGAAUCGGUAGCAUCAAAACUGUUCGCUGUAUCGAAGUGCUUCAAUUGCCAGCGCGUUUGAUGUGUGUCUUGAAGUGAAUGAAAAAUAUCUUGUUUCAGCGAUCAAAGUGCCAUUUUGUGUUUACUAUCCGAAGUCAUACCGUGAAAAUAACAACACAAAUAUCCGAAGAUCAUACCCAGUGAAGUGAUGUGAGCAGUGAGCGAAUUUUCAUUAGUUUCUCCUCGGCGACAUUAGCCGGCAGUGGAAAGUGAACCCAGCCCUACGUAGCAAAUUGCAUGAAGCGAGACGAGGAACGUGCUCGUAAGAUGUGGAGAGAUAUCGGCGUGGCUGCAAUGCAGCAGCACGGCCCAAACUCUCUGCACCACCACCAUCCGCAUUACAACGGCAACGGUCCUGGUCCGGGUGCUGCCAACAAUUCACACUGGAAUCAGCCGGGCUAUAGGAACUCAUACAGCUUACCGCACACAAGCCAAAGUCCGGUCCAGAAUGGCCGCUACCAACCACACUACGAGAUCAAACCACUGUCCCAGUCUCCAUCCUUUCAAGAGAUUUCAAAUGGUAACUACAAUGGUAGUUCCCCGUACCCCGUUAAGCCACGGCCUAUAUCGAUGUACGAAAUCGGAAAUGGAUCACCUGGUCAGCAGUUGCACUCGCUGCCUCCAAACUUUGUGCCACAUCAGAACCGAUCAAAUGGUCGAUUAUCGACGGCGGUACCACCACACCUUACCAGACAGCAGCAACAACAACAACAGCAGCAGCAACAACAGCAGCAACAACAACAGUCACAGCAACAGACAAACGGUCUACGACAACAACCAGAAGAGUUGAAAGUCGACCCGGAACUAAUUUUCACCAAGCAGGAACGAAUCGGCAAGGGAUCUUUCGGUGAAGUAUUCAAAGGCGUUGACAACAGGACACAGCAGGUUGUGGCAAUUAAAAUAAUCGAUCUAGAAGAAGCAGAAGAUGAAAUCGAAGACAUACAGCAAGAAAUCAUGGUGCUAUCACAAUGUGACUCUCCAUUUGUCACAAAAUACUUUGGUUCAUAUCUUAAGGGCACAAAGCUAUGGAUCAUCAUGGAAUACCUGGGCGGCGGGUCGGCCCUGGACCUGAUGAAAGCCGGUCUGUUCGAAGAAAUGCACAUUGCCAUCAUCCUGCGGGAAGUUCUGAAAGGUCUCGAUUACCUGCAUUCCGAGCGAAAGCUGCAUCGUGAUAUCAAAGCGGCCAAUGUACUUCUGAGCGAACUGGGUGACGUGAAGCUGGCGGACUUCGGCGUGGCCGGACAACUAACGAACACAACUUCCAAGCGAAACACCUUUGUCGGGACGCCGUUCUGGAUGGCUCCGGAGGUUAUCAAGCAAUCCAUGUACGACUCCAAAGCGGACAUCUGGUCCCUGGGGAUAACUGCAAUCGAACUAGCCAAAGGCGAACCGCCCAACUCCGAGCUGCAUCCGAUGAGGGUGCUGUUCCUAAUUCCGAAAAAUAACCCCCCUCAGCUGACCGGCAGCUACACUAAGCCAUUCAAAGAUUUUGUCGAAGCGUGCCUAAAUAAAGAUCCUGAAAAUAGACCAACGGCAAAAGAACUGCUAAAAUUUCCCUUCAUCAAGAAAGCGAAAAAGAACUCAUAUCUGAUCGACUUAAUAGAUCGAUAUAAGAAAUGGAAAUCGCAGAAAGGGGAGGAAAGUGAGACGGAAUCGGAGAACUCCGACUCCGAGGAAUCGAAACCGGAUAGCGACCUGGACGAGCCGUGGAUCAUGACGGUCAAAGGUAUGCAUUUUAACAAAAAUGCUUUGGACGAAUCGCUGGGAUCACCAGUGAAACACAACGGAACUAGCAAUAACAUGAUGAACAUGGGUAACGCGAGAGACCGGGAUCGGGAUCGAGACUACAAUCUCAAUCAGCAAAAAUCGAGUCAGGUAGGGAUUUUUUAUGCGGUGUAAUAUUUUGUUCCUUGC